CCUGUAAAACAAAGCACAGGCCGGCGACUAUCUGUGUCAACGCGUGUCUUGGAUGGUGCGAGAUCCUAGGAUUGAGUUGAGGCUGCGUUCUUUAGGAUCCGAGGGAAAACCACACGAUUCAGAGAUUACAAUCCAAUUCAUCUUGUUCAUGUUCCCUUGUUCCUCGUUAACCCGUGUAUCUCUCUGUCUCCCUUAAGCAGAGUGAAAAAACGAAUGGCAAAUUUAGUUGAAGUCUUGGUCAAGGAGAGAAAAUAUCCAUUCAUUUUGACUCUCUUGGUCUUGCUCAUUUGCUUCACGCUCCUCCUCUUCACCAACACCACCUCCACCUCCACCUCAAACCCUGUUGCUUUCUAUACCGAUAUCAAAGAGCAACCACACUUCAACCCUUCCCAAGCACCUCCUGAUUCUCCAAAAGAGCAAAAACUACCCCCAAACGUGACCAAUGUCACUGCCGAGAAGAGUUCUGUGUCGGUUGAUGAGAUUAUGGAUUCAUUUGAUUGGAAGCUAUGUGAGGACUCAGUGUCGGUUGAUUAUAUUCCGUGUUUAGAUAAUGUUAAGGCGAUUAAGGCUCUUAAGUCUCGGAGGCACAUGGAGCACAGGGAAAGGCAUUGUCCUCAGAAUAGUCUGCACUGUUUGCUUUCCCUUCCCAAAGGGUAUAAAGUGCCAGUUCCUUGGCCUAAGAGCAGGGACAUGAUUUGGUAUGAUAACGUUCCUUAUCCAAAGCUAGUCGAAUACAAGAAAGACCAACGCUGGGUAGUGAAGUCUGGGGAAUAUCUGGUCUUUCCAGGUGGUGGUACUCAAUUCAAAGAUGGAGUUGAUCAUUAUAUUGAGUUCAUAGAAAAGACAUUACCGGCAAUUCAAUGGGGAAAGCAUAUCAGGGUUGUUCUAGAUGUUGGCUGCGGUGUUGCUAGCUUUGGUGGAUAUCUGCUGGACAGAAAUGUUAUUACUAUGUCAUUUGCCCCAAAGGAUGAACAUGAAGCUCAGAUACAGUUUGCUUUGGAGCGAGGAAUUCCUGCAACACUUUCUGUCAUUGGAACACAAAAGUUGACUUUUCCUGACAAUGGGUUUGAUUUGAUCCAUUGUGCAAGAUGCAGGGUUCAUUGGGAUGCAAAUGGUGGGAAGCCCUUGUUUGAGCUCAACAGGAUUCUUAGACCCGGAGGUUUCUUUGCAUGGUCUGCAACACCAGUUUACCGUGCUGAUGAAAGAGAUCAAGGAGUAUGGAAUGCCAUGGUGGCUAUAACAAAAGCUAUGUGCUGGAAGGUAGUGGCUAAGGCUCGCGAUUCAUCUGGAAUUGGGCUUGUUAUAUACCAGAAGCCAACCUCGACUUCUUGCUAUGAGAAACGUGAAGAGAAGAAUCCGCCUUUGUGUGAGAAUAAGGAUGGGAAGAACAGCUCGUGGUACGCCAGACUUAGUAGUUGUCUCACACCUCUUCCAGUUGAUGGUAUGGGUAACCUGCAGAGCUGGCCCAUGCCUUGGCCCCAGAGGCUUACCAGUGAGCCCCCUAGCUUACCUGCUGAUUCUGAUGCCAAUAACAAGUUCUUCAAGGACAGUAAGCGUUGGUCUGAAUUAGUUUCAGAUGUUUAUGCGAACGGUCUUUCUAUAAACUGGACAAGUGUUAGAAACGUUAUGGACAUGAAUGCUGGUUAUGCAGGAUUUGCCACAGCUCUCAUUGAUCUACCACUCUGGGUGAUGAAUGUGGUACCGAUUGAUGUACCGGACACUCUCUCUAUUAUAUUGGACAGGGGAUUAGCAGGAAUGUAUCAUGAUUGGUGCGAGUCCUUUAAUACCUAUCCUCGCACAUAUGAUCUCCUUCAUUCGAGUUUUCUUUUUAAAUAUCUUGAGAAAAGAUGUGAUGUUGUAGAUGUGGUUGUGGAGAUAGAUCGCAUAUUGAGACCAGGUGGAUAUUUUGUAGUUUACGAUUCUAAAGAAGUACUUAGCAAGCUCAAUCCAAUCUUGCGUUCACUUCACUGGUCUGCAUUUUUGCAUCAAAAUCAGUUUCUUGUUGGUAGAAAGAGUUUCUGGCGUCCUGCGAGCUCUUGAAUGUAUGGGGUUAAUGAACAUGACGCAUUCUUCAUUUCUGGUGUAUCGGCAUCUUCUAGAUAUAACUUAGAAGUGAGAAAAAAAUAAUUUUAAGAAAAGGAAUAUUUAUUCGAGACAUUUAUUUAUUUAUAGUGAAUUUGUUAGGAGUACAGAAGUUUAUUGUUUUUCUAAUAUAAUUUUGCCGGAAACUUAUGUU